AUGAAGGUCUGUCUGAUCUGCCUCUUCUUCCUCACAGCUCUGCAGGAUGGAGACGCUGAUGAGAGAAUCAGUCGAGGAAUGGAAGGAGGAAAUAUCACAGUGGGAUGUAGCUUUAGUUUCACUGGAGCCAAAAUGUACUUGUGCAAGGAAAAAUGUGAAAGAGAAAAUAUUCUGAUUGAAACACGAGAAAACAGAGCUCAGAACGGAAGAUACAGCAUUGAGUUUGUAAAAACAGGUUUUAUAUCUUCUGUUAUUUAUGUGAACAUCACAAACCUGAAUCGGUCUGACUCAGGAUGGUACCGGUGUUGUUUGGGUUCAAUCAUUCCUCAAUAUGAUGAUUUUUAUCUGGAUGUGACUGAAGCUCCAAACACUUUAGAACCAAACUGGACUCCGGAAACUUUUACAGCAACAUUUCUAUCAUUUCUAUCAUCAACUUCUGUAACAACAGCAGCAACAUUAACACAAAGGUUGAAUUCCUCCUCAUCUACAACCAUCCAACAGUUCAGAACAUCACCUGAGCUCAAAGGUGAAACUGAUCCGCUGCUUUAUGUGGGUCUGAGUCUGGCCGUCCUGAUCAUCUUGUUAGCGACGGCUCUGCUGAUUUACUGCCAGAGGAAAAACCUCCAUCAAAAGAAAGGCGAGUCAUAA